UCCGCCAUUAUUAUUAUAAAAAUCUUGAAUAUCUUAUCUUACUGUAUUGUGCAUUAUAAACAUCGUAUUCGUGUAAUACAUUUCACCUAUCUCAGUGUUAGUGUCUCACAAAUGCGUUUGCGAAGUGUAUCAUUUCCUGUUUCAUAUCAUACCGAAACAAUCAACUGCGGCGGCUAGAGGACUCUUUUCGUUAUCACAAGCGCGCGGCGCUGCAUUCCUUGUGGUUGUAUCGAAACGCCAUGGAGCCGGCUGGCGACUGAUCCCACGAAGAAUGUGCGCAGUGGAUUGUUGUGGAGUGCAGUGUAGUACAGUGUCUGUGACUUGUGAACGUAUAGUGCUGUGGGAGUGUUAUAUAAGGGAAGGGAUGGUCAGGAGCCCGCCCUGACGCGCCGGGCGCCGGCGUCCAAGGCGGGCGACGCGCGUGUCAUGGCCCCGGCGCUAUCGCUGUCGCCCCAAGAGCCCUACGACCGCGACGCAGCCCAGGAAACCGACAAGCAGCUGUCCCAUCAGAGACGGGCGCUCGCGUCCGUCGAUAACCUCUCUACACACAUGGAGGAGGACGACAUGGGUCUCCAAAACCAACCCAGUCUUGUAAAAGACUCCCAGGAAAUGGAGCAGAUAUUAGUGGACCUGGGAAGCAGUGAUCUAGCACAAGCCGAUUUGCUUCAAGCCAUUAAGACCUUAGAGAGUGGUGGUGAUACACUAUCUGCAGGUGAUCCCGAUGCUAUAUUCCCCCUUUCUGGUUUUGAUUUAGCAGAAACUGCUGAUUCUGAAGGUGAUGCAACUGAGGAUAAGAUAAGACUAUUGCAAGUCCGUUUGGAGAGACGGUGUGCCUUUCUGCAAAGACGUUUGCGAAUAUUACAAGCUAGAACUAUUGGGAAAAGAAUAUCUGAGGAAGCUGCACAGACAUUUGAAAAGUGUACAAGGGGUGCAAGGAAAGACGGUGGGGGCAGGCCUAUUGGGUUGAAGGCAUUGCUAAAAAGGAUAGAGACUACAUCUGCCCUCCAAGCAAGUGCAGCUUCCCGGCCUGUAGUGGGUCCAAAGUACUUCCAUGCAGGGACAUCUAGAGGGGAUGCUUCCCGGUCUGCGUCCAUUGGGAUAUCAUCAGGGACGCUAACAGGGUUGCAGGACACAGCAGGAGCUCUGCGGUCACACCUUUCGGUAGUAAAACAUGAGCUGGACUCUGAUGCAACAGCUUCAUCUUCAGGGGCUGAGAGUAAUGAUGAGGCUGUGAUAUAUAACAAUCCACACCAGCAGCCUAUGCCUAUUGAAAAACGCGCUCUGUGGGCGUGGCAACGCGCGCGAGCCUCUAUCGCGUCGCGCUGGAGCUGGUUGCAAGCGCAGGUUCAAGAGCUGGAGUACAAGAUUCGGCAGCACAACGAACUUCAUAGACAGGUACGCGAAGCAAAAGGUCCUGUGGAAUUCGAAGGAGAACCUAUAGGAUAUGAAGGUUCCCUGCCAGGAUCCGAGCUGCCCGAUGACGAUCCCCGGACAGAGACCUGCGCUCGGCACCGACCAUUGCGUCGAGAGACGUUUAAGAAACGCAAGUUGUUGCAGAUGCACAACUUGCACAUAGCCACUAAUAAAGCAGCUAAACCUUCUGACGUGAGAUGCAGCUGCCAGUUCGGCGUGGAGAGCUGCGCCGUGUGCACGGGCCGCGCGGAGCCGACGGAGCCCGCGGCGCCGCUGUGCGCGCUGGCCGCCAAGCAGCGCGUCGCCAGGGUCGACGCCGCCUUCCACCCCGUGCUCAGCGACCACAAGGACAUCUCCCCGUUGGUGCACAUCGCGGCACUGUCGUCCCGCGGCUGGUUCCGCUCGCGGUGCUCGAAGGCGUGGCGCGGAGCCGCGGCCUCGCGGCAGACGCCCGCGUCCCCCGCCGCCCUCUCUUCGCCCACGCCGGCGCGCGCGCCCGCCCCCGCCCCCGCCACCGCCACCAUCACCAGCGGACACACGCCCAAGCCGCAUCGACGCCAUCCCACGCGAUUGAAAAGAGGCAGACCACCCUUAUCACGCAAGAUACGAGAACGAGAGAGAGAGCGGGACGACGAUUCGUCAACGACACACGAAAGACGCGGUCCGGGCCGACCAAGUACGGAGUCCCGGCUUACGCGGCGGCAGUCGUACGACAUCGAUAACAUCGUAAUUCCGCAGUCAGUUGCAGCCAACACACGUCCGCAGAUACUCACCUACAAGGAGAUCGUCACGCCCAAAUGGCGAGUAAUGGAUUUACCAGAUUCGCCGCUCAACAAUGGCGUCACGCAUCGGAUAUCUACUGACAGUGAGGAGGAGGACGUGUCCGACGCGGCGGUGGCGGCGCGGCACUCGCGCGCCGAAAGCCAUGAGCGUAGCCGCUUCGUGCGCGCCAAGCGGCCGCGCCGCAACCACCACGAACUGCAGCCACAACCGCCGCAGCUGCAGCUGCCGCAACCGCCGCAAUUGCCGUACCCGCAACAGCCGCUCGGCCCGCCGCCUCCGCCGCCGAUUAUUCCACACCAAGAGACUGUGAGACCGUACACCCCGCGGCAGUUUCCGCUAAGGGAAGAUACAUACCUCUCGAUGCUUCAGGCGAUGCCGGACGGGCACCGGCUGGGCAGCCCCGACCCGCCCGACGAGGACGACCGCUCCAGCACGCUGUCCCCGCUGUCGCCGACGCCCUUCGACGGCGACGACCCUGAUGACGCCGAGUGGGAUCCCAGUGCUGAGAAGGCCGAGCGCCGCAAGAGCGCCUUCAGAUAAACCUUCAACUGAACUUGCAUUGUAAGUUAUGUAUUCACUAUCGAGUUUCGAUACGCGGAACUGCAACGUCUUGGACGUACACGACUAAAUUUCAAAAGAUCUCCGAGUUCUCGACGGUCUUGCUGGUUAUGUACUACGUGUCAGUUACACCAAGGACCAAUAACUCUAGAGGACUGCUAAUUGCGAUACAAGAUAGCAUAGUCGGGUAUUUAGUGCCUAUAGGUACACCAGGUUUACCUGUCAGUAUUCGAAAUGCCAUUUUCCAGAAAUAACGUUUGCUUGAAUUUUCUUAACCUCGAAAGUAAUUUUGAGAGGAAAAUGUUUGUUCUUUUAAACCUAACUUAACCUAU